GCCUACUCAGCAAAAGCAAGCGGAUGGGAUAAGUCGAAAUAGCUUGCACUUCAGGUUUCCAAAACCCUCAUUCGAUACCGCCCAGUCUCUCGGAGAAAAAAGUGAUUGUGUUUCGGGAAGACACAGGCUCUGACACAUGAAAGGAAAACGCAUACAGAUUCCAAUGUAGUAGUUGAAUACAGUUUAUAUUUUCCACGCACAGUCUGAUCUGCUAAAGGGAGUAUUUCAUAUCAGAUUUCACGUUCAGUUCUGACCAGCUGGGAGAGCAGAGAGAGAGGGAGAGAGGGGGCUUGUUUCUCUUCCCCUCCGACUCUGGGUCUUGGAACUCAGGAGCGCAGGAAAGCGAACCACGACGUGGAACCCUAAACCUGUGUAGGCAAGAUAAAACGUCCGUCAGAAUUUGUUAAGGAUUCUCUUUUGCGAGAUUGACAGAGGUGAGAACAAAUAGAUCGUAAGAGAUGGACGAGCAGCCGCGGUUGAUGCACUCUCAUGCGGGAGUAGGGAUGGCAGGGCAUCCCGGCCUGUCUCAACACAUGGAAGGCACCGGAGGAACGGACGGCGAUGGGAGAAAACAGGACAUUGGAGACAUUUUACAGCAAAUAAUGACCAUCACAGAUCAAAGUCUGGACGAAGCUCAAGCUAGGAAACACGCCUUGAAUUGCCACAGGAUGAAGCCUGCUCUCUUCAACGUCUUGUGUGAAAUCAAAGAAAAGACAGUGCUGAGUAUCCGUGGCGCUCAGGAGGAGGAGCCUCCAGAUGCCCAGCUCAUGCGAUUGGACAACAUGUUGCUGGCGGAGGGCGUGUCUGGACCUGAGAAAGGGGGCGGUUCUGCAGCUGCUGCGGCUGCUGCUGCAGCCUCAGGGGGCGGGGCAGGAGCGGAUAACUCAGCGGAACACUCGGACUACAGAGCCAAGCUCUCUCAGAUCAGACAGAUCUACCACACAGAGCUGGAGAAAUACGAACAGAUGGUAUCCCAGUGCGGAUGGAGGGGGGACAGUUACACAGGGAGUCAUGGCAACGGAAACAAGGCUUGUAACGAGUUCACCACCCAUGUGAUGAACCUGCUGAGGGAGCAGAGUCGCACGCGGCCCAUCUCUCCCAAGGAGAUCGAGCGCAUGGUGGGGAUCAUCCACCGCAAGUUCAGCUCCAUCCAGAUGCAGCUCAAACAGAGCACCUGCGAGGCCGUCAUGAUCCUGCGAUCCCGCUUCCUCGAUGCCAGACGGAAAAGACGGAACUUCAACAAACAGGCGACAGAGAUCCUGAAUGAGUACUUCUACUCGCACCUGUCUAACCCUUACCCUAGUGAAGAGGCCAAGGAGGAGCUGGCCAAGAAGUGCUCCAUCACAGUUUCACAGGUUUCCAACUGGUUCGGAAAUAAAAGAAUCAGAUACAAGAAAAACAUUGGAAAGUUCCAGGAAGAAGCCAACAUGUAUGCUGCCAAAACUGCUGUGAACGCGACCAACGUAUCCUCACACGGGAGCCAGGCUAACUCGCCCUCCACUCCAAAUUCUGCAGGUUCUGCUGGAUCUUUUAACAUGUCAAACUCCGGCGACUUGUUCAUGAGCGUGCAGUCUCUCAAUGGGGACUCGUACCAAGGGGCUCAGGUGGGAGCCAACGUGCAGUCACAGGUGGAUACCCUUCGCCAUGUUAUCAGUCAGACAGGCGGAUACAGUGAGGGCCUCACAGCCAGCCAGAUGUACAGUCCGCAGGGCAUCAAUGCAAACGGAGGCUGGCAGGAUGCUACCACCCCCUCAUCAGUGACAUCCCCCACAGAAGGACCCGGAAGUGUUCACUCGGACACGUCCAACUGAUCCCUCCACCCUUCUCCUCCACCACCGUCCAGACAGCCUCAACCUCCACCCUCGAUCAUCUAGCCAGCCAGCCAGCCCCCCUCCCCAUCAGGACUGGAGGUGACACACUAGACUCGUCACAGGGCAGGAGACCUCUCUCUACGGGUGGGGACUACAGAAUGAAACACCAUCACCACCACCAGACAGUUCUUUACAACCAAUCAUGACACAGUCAGUCAGUCAGUAGCCUGAGUAGGGCUCUUUCCUUCCACCUAUCUACAACCCCCUCACUGUCUGUUUGUACAGUUUUCUUCAACCAUAUAUCCAUGUUGCCUCAUUGUGUGAUCAUCUGACUUAUAACACAGUAGGAAAACAGUUACAACACGUGUAUACAGUAUGGCCCGUAUCUUGUAGAUUUAAAUGCUUUUCACACUACCUCUAUUGAAAAUAACAAGAAAACAACAACAACAACAAUGGGACAUCUUCUAAAUAAGCUUUGAUUUUUGUUGUUGUAAUUACUGGUAUUGACAGUAGCUCUCGAUCUCCUCUUGUCCUGUCUCAAGGCUUGUUUUUAAGGACAGUUUUGCCUUUGUGACAAGUUUCACCCCAUAUAAUUACUUAAUUCACAACAUCAAAUAAAUUCUAUUAAAAUUGUCCAGUGCCAAAGUUCAACACAGGAGAUGAAUUUGUAUAAUAUGAAUUGUGCUUGUAAAUAAAACAUCCCUCUGACAUUUCAUAUGAAAAAUGGUUCAUUACUGUAUUUAAUAGCAUUUCAUGUUAGAGUAUCAACAGGGUGCUUUGAAAAGGAGAUUCAACCUUUCCUCCUCAUUUUAAGCAUUCCGUUUCAGAGCUUCUACAUCGGCCAAUAAACAUUACUGCAAGAAUGGUAGCCUAUGUUUUCUGCUCAUACUGAAUGCAGCAUAGCAGGAGUGAUGAACAAUGCACAAGCAAACAUUAUGAGAGUAACAGUAUGCUCCAGAAUAAAUGGAAGAGACUGUUUGGAAGGUCAGAAGGGAAUGGAUCGUGGCGAUUCUAGCUAAUGGAAUUCUAAUACAUUCACUGCUCUUGAAAUAUUGUGUGUAGUGUGCACUGCAUCCAGAGACCAUUGACCUGCAGAGUUUAAAAUCUACCCAGAACACUUAAUCAAUGAGUACAUUAGCAUCAAUUAUAAUAAGCCAAUAUGUCUUUAAACACAGUGACUUACAGUGAUUACCCUGGGUAACACUUAUAUUUGUCAAAGAGAAGAAAACAGUACAGAGAACACACAUUAAUGAUAGUUGUACUCUAUUCCAUACAGUCUACCUAUACGGAACAUAUGGUGUGUAUACAUACUGUACACACACAUACACUACCAGUAUCACCAUCAAUGUACAUCAGUGUUAUCGUAAUAGCCAAAUACUGCUGGUAACCAAAAUCACUUGUUUAAGUGCAACAAAAAAAAGCAUUUUUAAUGUAGAUUUUAAUUCUGAUUUUGUGGUAUAAUGUUGUAGUAAUUGAAGACACGACUACACAUGAUGAAAUAUCUCUCAAAAUUACCGUCUUUGUUUGGUGUUUUUGGUGCUAGUUAGCUCUUUCAUUUCCUAUUUCUCAGUAGUAUAUUACUGUCCAUUUAUUAUUGUCACCCGGUUUGAAUUUCUCCAUUCAACCUCAUCACUCAUAUCAUCCUGUUUUUACAUUUUGGUUAUCAAGGUUGGUCACUAUUCACUCUUAUGUUUCAGCAUCCUCCUAGCAUAUGGCGCCAGUCUAAAUUACGCAAAUAAAAAAUACAAAAAUGUAAAUUAGAUUUAUUAAUUUUGUUGUAUUUGAUUUUAGCUACAGUAUUUAUUUACACACAAAUAGAUAUUGCCUUCUUGGGCAUUUUAACAUAUCCACCAUACUAUUACGUAGAUACCAAAAAAUAACUACAAAAGCUUCAGCUCUAUACAUUGGGAUCAGCUUGACCAACUCGACUUUCUUUGAUUUGUAAAAUUGUGUAUUAACUGAAGUACUCCAUGUGCAUCUCAUAGGAAUGUUCAGCUAGUCUUUCUGUACUCAGAACACCAAAAUGCAGUCCAAACACAGUAGUGUUUGUUUAUAGAAAUUAAAUGGAAAAGACUAACCCUGAUGGCACACAGACAUGUGGGAUAUAUGUUCUCACGUUGUGAAUAAAUACAUUUGGCUACUGUUUUACUUUUCUUUCGCUUGGUUACAGGAGUUACAGUACGUUCUAUUGUCUUUUCUUGCUAGCAUAAUGUGAAUUAGCCCAAGAAUGCUCUAUGUAUGUAGAUGUGCACCUUUAUUCUUGUUUUUCGUUUUUGGGGGGAAUUUUGGGGGGAAUUGGGAAAUGUUUGACAGACAGGCAGGCAGGCAGGCAGGCAGGCAGGCAGGCAGGCAGGCAGGCAGGCAGGCAGGCAGGCAGGCAGGCAGACAGACAGACAGACAGACAGACAGACAGACAGACAGACAGACAGACAGACAGACAGACAGACAGACAGACAGACAGACAGACAGACAGACAGACAGACAGACAGACAGACAGACAGACAGACAGACAGACAGACAGACAGAGUUCCUUUCAUAUUACGGAUAUGAUCCGCUCACUGGUUCACUUUGUACUUUCUAAAGCAUUGACGCAAAAGCGUGUUUCUAGAAAUGGGUACUGUCUUGUUAAUGAAAGGUGAUGUGAAAGGUUUGUGUGAACACGAUCUCGUGACAGUGUUUUUAGCCCAACUAAAUCCAUGGUAAUAGAUAUACACAUUAUAUAGUAUUUCAAAUCAUAACCAACAUCUGUAUAGAUAAUUACAGUACCACACAGCUGAAUCCACCAUAGACUGCAUAUCACAGAACUUAGUUCUUCCUUCACAAACUACAUUUUAUAUUCAAUGUACUUGUUGGAGACGUGGACGUGUACUAUGAUGAGUGAAGCUAAAUCUUGUUCUUUUUUUGAUAACUACAAAUGGCUUAAUUUGCUCCCACAUCUGAUAGUCCAGUUGACGGACAACACAUAGGUACACUAUGAGUGGAGUAUGUUUGAGUGGUCUUUCGAUACAGAUUUUAGCCAUGUGGCAAGCAGAACAGUAGCUUUUGUGAUGCGUUGCCCGUAAAAUAAGUAAAAGUUACUCUACUUUUCACAUUGCCUUUCCAGUAUCAUCAUUGUUAUUGAAAGCUUCAUGUAAUGAUGCUUUUAGUUUUUGGAUAUAAAAGGGAGAGAAAAAAUAACUAUAAAAAAGAAAGAAGAAACUGAAAAAUUUUCUAAAACAUCAAAUGUUUUCUUUGUGGCAUGUCUUUUGUUCUUUAAUAAAAUACCGUACUGCAGUGUUUUUGAAUGUUACUUAUUUUUUAUAAAGAUUUCAGAGUGAAAUCAUGGAUCCUUUUCUUGACAGGUUUGACAUUUUAAGAUCUCUCUGCAUAUGUAAAAAUAAAAAAUAAAAUAAAAAGUCUAACAUUGGAAACUGCAAAACUACUCCGAUUUAAAACCUGUUUUCUGUGGAGAAAUAAAUAGCUAACAAGGUGUAGGUUUUAUGGUCUCUUUCUUUGUACUGUUAAUGCAUAUUCCAAAUAAAUUGUUUCUUUUGUUGCA